CCGGGAUGGGACUUUCUCUGUGGCAGCGGAUCUCUAUGAUCGCCAGGUGUGGUUGCCUUCGUGCUCGCCUCCCCCACCCCGACGUGUCAGUGGCGCUGCGCAUGCGCGGGAGGCGGCUGUGCCAUAGCAACCGGAGCGUUAACGGUAGCAACGGCAAUGGCAAAAGCAACAACUAUCAAAGAAGCUCUAGCCAAAUGGGAAGAAAAAAAUGGCCAGAAGGCUUCAGAGGCAAAGGAGGUGAAACUGUACGGUCAGAUUCCUCCUGUAGAGAAGAUGGAUGAAUCUCUCUCCACACUUGUUAACUGCGAGAAACUAUCGCUGUCUACAAACUGCAUUGAAAGAAUCGCCAACUUGAACAGCCUAAAAAAUUUGAGGAUUCUGUCUUUGGGAAGAAAUAACAUAAAGAACUUGAAUGGAUUGGAGGCAGUUGCAGAGACCUUAGAGGAGCUGUGGAUCUCAUACAACUUCAUCGAGAAACUGAGGGGUAUCCGUGUAAUGAAGAAACUGAAGGUUCUUUAUAUGUCAAACAAUUUGGUGAAAGACUGGGCAGAGUUUGUGAGACUGGCAGAGCUGCCAUUACUAGAGGAUCUGGUGUUUGUAGGCAAUCCACUACAAGAGAAAUACGCCUCUGAUCAGAAGAACAAUUGGAUUGAAGAAGCAACCAAACGGGUACCCAAGCUGAAAAAGCUGGAUGGUAUCCUAGUUAUUAAACAAGAAGAAGAUGAAGAAGGAGCAAACUGAUGACACUUUCUUGUUGGGUAUUUAAUUAUUUAAGUAACUCCAGAUAGCUCGGCACAUAGAACUUUUAUAUAAAUGUUUGUUUUGGAAAAAAUCUUUGGGCAAUUUUUAAAAGACCAGCUUGUCUCCACAGUCUCUCACCCAAAGAGUUAGUUACCAAAAUUCGGACACACUGAUUUUGUCAAGCUUAUGACAUCUUCUGUAGGGACCAGUGGAGCUGAGUUUAUCUGCUGUUUGGCUAGCCAGAGAUCUUUACCUAAACUAAUACAUAGCUAUUUUUAAUCCUUGAUUAGUGGUGCUCGUUAUUCACUCUUGGGUUAUAACAGAACCAUUUUAGCUUGUUAGGUGCAGCUGGCCAACAUUAUCAUUGGAAACACUGAGGCCAAAAGAACAAUGCUGUGAUUUAGAGACACAUUACAGGCUUUGUUGUGUUUAAUUUUUGUCUUGGGAGUCCCUCAAUAUUUUAAAUAUGGGAGUUUGCCUUUUCACCCCCUUAACUGUUCUGCCAAACAGGCCCAGUAGUUGUGGACCUACGCACAAAAAAAGCAUUGGUCUGAUGAUCGCUUGUUACUGGCCUAAAGUUUUGACUUGGGCUUCUUGCCUUGAAACUCAAGUGCAUUGCUCAGGCGGCCACAUGUAACAUAUUUUUAUUUAUUUUGAAGAGGCAAUGGGAAUUCUUUGCAUGGUUUCAGUGAGACUAAAAUAUCUGCUAGCUUUUUUUUUUUUUUUUGUCUCUUACUAAUAAAUUAUUUUUGAUUGGAAUAGGCCUAUGAGCCUACAGCUGGUUCCUAGUUUUGGUUUGGGUCACUGGUGGACAUAACCCUUCUCAGCUCUGCAGUUUUCCUAUAACUAAGUAGGCUGAUACUAAUACAGAAACAAACAGGAAACAAAAGACCUGGGUUUGAGGACAGAAAAUUCUUGUUUUGGGGAUACUCAUUUUUUUAUGAAAGCACAGAUGUAAGCAGUGAGAGAAAGUGUAUGUAGUUAGAGGGGAAGGUGAGAUGAGAUGAGAUGGAAAGUGAGCAUUCGGGAAAAAAAGUAUUGAAGACAUACUAAAUGUGCUAUAUUGCAGGGUAACCAGUUUUAGUAAAGCCCCUUUACAUGACAGGUAACUACUUUUGCUGAAAAGCAUUAAACAAUGAUGAAGACAUACCUGACUGCACUAUUGGAUGCAAAUACUGGGUUGUGGUUUGGUUUUUUUUCUUAUUAGAGAAUAGAUGAAGUCACGUGAGUUGAUUUUUCUGUAGCUUGUUUUUGGUUUUUUUUUUAAAAAAAGCUUUUCUUCUAAUUCAUGGUACCAUCUUUGUUUAAAUUAAAAUGGCAACAAGCGUACCUGCUGGUUCCAGACAAGGCAUAGAAGGGAUGGAGGCCAAAUGCUCUUAAUUAUUUUGUUUGUGAAAGUGUGGCAGGAGUUGAAAUCUUAGAAGUCAUGGUCAGAGAUAAAAAGGUGGAAUUGGCCCAGACAAGUGGUAUUGAUCUCAACUCCAGGUAUAAUUGCAGUAGAAGAUAGUUCUUUCUCUAAUCAAUUUCUAGGUGAACAGUGUGAAGUAGAAGAUUACAAGACAAUCACAGUUUAGUUUCAAUAUAUUGUUAGUUAUUCCAUGAUUGUUAGAGGAAUUCUUAAGCAUUCCAACUUAAAUUGGCAAUUGCUGUUAAUGUUCUAGUUUUAUUUAGGUUUAUUACGUAAAAUAAGGUCAAGAGAGCAAUAGCAAAAACAGUGGACGUUCUUUACCUAGCACAAACUAUUUCCAUGCAGCUGUUCUCUUGACCAGAAAGCAGUCUAAUUAGCUCACUGGAUUUAUCUUACAGACGACUUUAUAUUUGUACACAAUUUCUCUUAGAAUUAUUCUCCUAGCUUUAUCAUUAGUAAAGGUACCACUGACCAAGAAGCACGAUGGGGAGAGGGUAUAUAGUGACCACCCGUUUCACGUUGGCUUCUUUUAAAACUAAGCCCUUCAGUUCCCUUGCAGCCAAUUGCUUUUGGCAAAGUGGGUGUGCAUUGGUGGUACUGCUGACCCCAUCUGCUUCUGCCUGUGUCAACUGUUAAUUAAAGUGUUUUAACGUCAGCCAGAGCUUGAGUGAGGCAAAACUUGACUUCUGAAUACCACCAACAAAUGGAAAUGCCAAAUUUCUCUAUGUGUUUGGAGGCAGUUUCAGAAUAGAGCAUGCAGUGCUCUUGUCAUAGCGCUUGGCCACAAAGCAAAGUGUUUGAACCUCUGUAGCUGGUCUCUCCUGGCACAGCGUCUGCAAGCAUGGUACGUAUGGCUAAGUUAGUGCCUCAAAUGACAUGUGGUGAGCAAUGAGCACACAGUCCAAUGCCAAGUAAUUCUGCUGGUUGAUUUUUUAAUAUCUAAAUAUGGUCUAAGUCUGUACAUUUCUGAAGGUCAUGUUAGAUACAGCAAAUACUCUACUUUGGCUAUUUUGGGACAGUCUGAGAGUAGAACAGAAACUUACUGUUCUGAGUGUGUGGCGAUGGCUGGAACGAAACACAGCUCCAUUGACAAGACAUGAGGGAUAAGAGCAGUUCCUGGCUCUUGUAAGUGACUAGUACAGGCUAUACAUAUGGGAAUCAGUCCAAGAACUAUUGCAGUUGUUGAUAGAGCUGUGUGUAUUGUGUGACCCACUGUCAUCAGCUCUUUUCACAGAUUAACAGCACAAAUUCUCUCUUCUUUUUUUUUUGGGGGGGGCUGCAUUAUAAAUGCCACCAAAAAAAAAAAAAUCAUUAUUGAAGGAAUGGGACAUCCAGUCUCAGCACAAUUCUAAUGGCAGUAAGGGACACCUACAAGGUUUCCCUCGCCUUUCACCCUUCAUGCUGUGAUAAAUUAGCAUAUCAUUUAAAAUCCUUCUGAUAAAAACUGUAUGUCAGUGAAACAAUACAGUGAGAGAAGAAUAAACUGUGGUGCUCAUUUGUCAGGAGAUGCUUCAGCUCAAAGCUGGGUGGAAGGUUAACGUUGCUUUGCCUGAUCAAUCAUGAUUACGCUCAAGAACAAAUAAACAACCCCCCCCGAACUUUUCUCCUCCAAAAUAAGUAACAUUUUCCUAAAUUUUAAAAUUUGCACUUUAAAAUGAUGCACUGGAUGUGGUGGAAGACAUAUGCAUGUGGUAGAAUUAAAGCAGCUGAUUUGCAUAUUGAUGGUGCUACACCAUGUCAUGUAUAAGCUAAGAGCGAAGCUCAGCCUGCACCCCCCAUAGAGAGCAGCUGAGUAAAAUAUUGAAAGGCUCAGCUUUGUGUGUUACUCUUUGCUCUUCCCUAUCUCACCACAUCCAAUAAAGUAGUAAGCACAUUAUUAUUCAUGGAUGAAAAGAGCACCCAUGUAAAACUUGCAAGCCAUGUGGAAGUUUGCUUUCCCCAGGGAAAUUAUGGAGGAUUAGCAUCCACUUUAUUCCUUAGAGAAAUUCCCUAACAUUAAAUUAGCGAUAGGAAAUAGCUAGGGUUUUUUUACUUGCUUGUUAGCACAUUGACCUCUCUUCAAAGAGCUGAUAUAUGCAGUGGUUAUAUUGAAAACUGCUGGAAAAAUGUGAGAAGAGACCUGAGAACCAGCAGAGGACUCAGGUUACACUAGAAGUUGACUCAUCUAGAAAAAUCUUCAAGCAAGAGAGCACUUUCAACAUCCCCUUGGGCUAUCUUUUGUAUACAGUAAUUUUGUAGCAUGACCAAACUGUUAAAUUUGCUGUGUUUAAAUUAUUUAGGCCUAUGUUUAUAAAUGUUCUUCUGUGAAACUUGUUUAAUAAUAAUAUAACAUUAUUUUAUACAAAUGUUUUUGGCUGUUGUGUAAUGAAAUAGUUCAGCUUAUGGAGAGCGUUCGGAAAUUAAAAUUUUGUUCUCAUUAAACUUUCCUAGCUGCUCAGGGAGCAAUGUAUUUAUAGCAUGUAAAUGCUGUUCCAUAUUGCCUCUCUAUUUUAGAAUAGAAAAUAACUUAGACUUUAAAAAUGAUGAUAUAUUGUGAUCGUUGUCAUCUGAUACAUAAAUAUUUUUCAAUCUUUU